AUGACCACUCCUUCAGCACCAACGAUGACCUACGACGAGUUCGUAAGCGUAGGAAAAAUCCCCGAUUAUGUCCGCGAUUUACCAACAUUCGAUGGACAUGCGAACGAACUAAUGGCGUGGAUAAUGGAGAUCGAAAAUGUUCUCCAUAUAUGCCUACAUGGUUGCCGUGGCCAAAACAUCUCAAUAUCUAGUUUAGAAAAAAUACCGAUAUUCGCAUUUAAAAGAGGCGAUGCCAGAGUAACAUUUGGCAAUAACUACUACAUACAUCAUUUCAACGUAUCAGCCAUACAGCGCGAAAUUAGGAUCUUAUCUACGGAAUUUAGUUCUCUAGAAGAAACCCAAUUUACAACCAUUAUAGAACAAGAAUUCACUAACGCAUAUGAAAUGUUGAAGAAUACAUUUCCGAUCCAUAGAAGCAAACGUUGGGACGCAAUAGGAACUGUUUGGAAGUUUAUCGCAGGAAGUCCAGACGCUGAUGAUCUAAGGCUAAUCAAUUCUACUAUAAACGAUCUCAUAACCAACAAUAAUGUACAAGUAAAAAUCAAUAAGGAUCUUACACUUCAGCUAACAGAGACACUGCAACGAAUCCAAGAAGCACUUAAACUUUCGCGAGAUUCCUCGAUAGACUUUUAUUCAAUAAACAUUCUCCUGAACCUCAAAUAUCUGUCCGAGAAGUUAAGCUUAGUUACAGAUAGUAUAGCUUUGGCUAAAUUGGGCAUAACAAACCCACGCAUAUUGAACAAGAACGAAAUAGAUUUACUAAUUAGCGAUAUAACAAAACAAGAACUUCCGAUACAAACAGUUACAGAAGCAUUGUCGUACACGAGUACAAAAAUUGCCACGAAUAAUAAUGAAAUACUGUUCAUCAUAAGUUGCCCUAGACUUACAAGCGACCUUUACACGAGGAUUGAGCUGUUCGGUAUAACUAACAAUGAUAAGAAAGUUCAUGUUCCCAACCAAUAUUACCUUUCCCUUAAAUCCCAAUUUUUCAUCGUCCCCAAUGUCGAGAAACACAUAUUCGAUCUAAAGGAUUUGCAACAAGACAACGGAAAUUGUAUCCCAGCACUUCUUCGAGGAGAGUCAGCACUCUGUGACUACAUAUCGAACCCAGCGAAGACUGAAGUUAUUCAUCUCGAUACGAACCAUUUGUUGAUCGACUCGGUUAGUACCUUCACCAUCAAAACCACAUGCGGCGUUAAGAAGAGAAAUUUGACCGGUUCAUUUCUCAUAACCUAUGAGGCAUGUAGUAUCUUCCUCAAUGAGAAAAUGAUCUCUAAUAACAAAACCGAAAUGUUCGGAUCGCCAUUGCAUCUACCUAUCUACGAGCUUAGAAAUGAGAUGCAGAAAAUGAAAUUAGAGACAAAUAGCAUCAACGGAAGUGGAUGGUUUUACAUGAACAUAAUCAGUUGGCCUGUGAUGCUAAUUAUUGCCUUCGGUGCCUACAUAGCUACGAAAAUGUGGAAGAGAGGAACCGUCAUAAAUAUCCACGAACCACCAACACCGCGCCCCACAUCGGAUAACGAGAAUGCGUCAAACAACUACAACCCACCCACCAUGAUGCAUGUAUUUCGUACGGAGCCUCAAAUCUAA